AUGGAAUACUUGACUAGAAGCAUUCAGUGGGCUUCCAGAUCCCCUCUUUUCCGAUAUCAUCCAUUGUGUAAGAGCAUUAAUUUGAUUAAUUUGUGUUUUGCCGAUGACAUUAUUCUGUUUUGCAAAGGCAAUAUUAGGGCUGUUAAUGUUCUUAAGUGUGCUCUUGGGGUUUUUGGUGAGGCUUCUGGGCUUCAAUUAAACUUAAUGAAGUCUUUGAUUUACUUUGGAGGAGUUCCUCUAGAGGAUAAACACGGGAUUUGUCAGCUGUUGAAUCUCACUGAAGGAUCCUUUCCUCUGCAUUACCUAGGGGUCCCUCUUAGACCUACAAAGUGGAAGCACUCGGAUUGUGAGAUCAUUAUUCAAAAAAUUAGAACGAAACUUUUCUCCUGGUCUAGCAAGCACCUUUCUUAUGCAGGUAGACUGCUUCUCAUCCAAUCUGUUCUAUUCGGUUUAUGCAAUUUCUGGAUGAAUGUAUUCAUUCUUCCUCAGAGCAUUAUUAAGGAGGUCGAUAAACUGUGUAGACAGUUCCUUUGGGGGGCUUCGGGGACUCGAAGUAAGCUUCAUUUUGCUUCAUGGCAGCAGGUGUGUCGUCCUAAGGCUUUUGGAGGCCUCGGGCUUAGAGAAAGGUCCAGUUGGAAUAGAGCUUUGUUGGCUAAGUAUAUCUGGGCAGUCACGAAUAAACAGGAUACUUUAUGGGUCAAAUGGGUGCAACACGUCUAUUUGAAGGGGGCUGAUUUUUGGAGCUAUGGGUUGAAGUUGGACACUAGUUGGUACUGGCGGAAACUGUGCCAUCUCAGAAAUAAGUUUAGUAAAAAUGAGGUGUUGGCUGCUGGUUGUUCUGGGAAGUUUAAACCAGCCUUACUCUAUAUCAGUGGUUUAAACCAGGAAAUAGCUGAGUAUAAAAGAACUAUUUGGCAUCGGUCUAUUCUUCCUAAGCAUCGAUUUAUGCUUUGGAUGGUGCUCAAUUCUUACCUUUUGACCAGAGAUAAUCUUGCCAAAGUUCAUAUGCACUUAUCUAGCUUACUGUGUCCGGUUUGUGCUGAUCAUUUGGAGAGCCACCAGCAUCUAUUUUUUGACUGCUGCUUCUCCUUAAAGGUGCUGGAGGUCAUAUUCACCUGGAUUGGUUUCCCUGCUUGGUCCCAUUUGUACUCGGCUUGGACAGUCAAUUUACAUGUUGGGUUUAGUAAUAGUCUUAGUCUCACUUUAAACUUGAUUCUAGCCGCUGUGGUUUAUAGUAUUUGGAGAAAUAGGAAUAGAUGCUUACAUGAAGGUUAUUCUUUGACUGCUUAUUGUAUAGCUAAAGAAAUUAUUACACUAGUGAAGUAUAGAUUGUGUUUGGUUCAUACCAGGACAGAUUCCCCUCAGUUUAAGCUCUUUUUACAGAAGCUUCAAUUGUAUGUAAUGUGA